AAAUAUGCGCCUAACAUACGUAGAGGUAAAGAGGCGGUUCCAUUGCCUUCCCGUGUAUGCAUGUAUCACAGGCGGGCUUUUCUUACAGUUUUUGAAUUAUCAUUCUAAAUAAGAAACAAUACAUCACGGUGUUUUUAUAUAUUUGCAAUAAUAAGUACCGUUCCACUGUACGCAGUUUACAGUAGAUCGAGGGUUUGCGUCCCUCCCCAACCACACAGAGGCCAUCAUGAAGCUAACGGACAAUGUGCUACGAAGCUUCAGGGUGGCGAAGGUGUUCCGGGAAAACUCAGACAAAAUCAAUUGCUUUGACUUCAGUUCCAACGGGGAAACCAUUAUUUCCAGUAGUGACGAUGACUCUCUCGUCUUAUACGACUGCCAAGAGGGAAAGCCAAAGAGAACACUCUACAGUAAAAAGUACGGAGUCGAUCUCAUCAGGUAUACACAUGCAGCCAACACUGUGGUCUACAGUUCCAAUAAAAUUGAUGACACGAUUCGGUACCUAUCCCUUCAUGACAACAAAUACAUCCGCUACUUCCCUGGCCACAGCAAAAGGGUAACAUCCCUCUCCAUGUCUCCUGUGGACGACACGUUCAUCUCCGGCUCGUUAGAUAAAACCAUCCGACUGUGGGAUCUGCGGUCGCCCAACUGCCAGGGCCUGAUGCACCUGCAGGGGAAGCCGGUGUGCUCCUUCGAUCCAGAGGGUCUCAUCUUCGCCGCUGGGAUUAACUCUGAGAUGGUGAAGCUCUACGACCUGCGGUCCUUCGACAAGGGUCCCUUCGCAACCUUUAAGCUCCAAUACGAUCGCACGUGUGAGUGGACGGGACUCAAGUUCAGCAAUGACGGGAAGCUCAUUCUUCUUUCCACUAACGGGGGGGCCGUCCGGCUCCUGGAUGCCUUCAAGGGCGCCGUGCUUCAUUCCUUUGGGGGAUACAACAACAGUAAAGGUGUCGCGUUGGAAGCAUCGUUCACUCCUGAUUCUCAGUUUAUUAUGAUCGGCUCUGAGGAUGGAAAGAUCCACGUGUGGAAUGCCGAGAGUGGUUUGAAGGUGGCGUUACUGGACGGCAAACACACGGGGCCUGUCACCUGCCUGCAGUUCAACCCCAAGUUCAUGACAUUUGCAAGUGCCUGUUCUAACAUGGCGUUCUGGCUCCCCACCAUCGAUGACUGAGGAGAGCGUAGCUACCAAGUUGUGCUGUUUGGCCGCAGGAAAGAAAAAUGCAAAAUCCCUGCUCUCCCAGCAGUUUUUAUUUGUUUGAUUGUUUUACACACCUUUUGUGUGUGAAAAUGUCCUAUUGUAAAUAAGUAGAUCGCAGAAAUAUAAAUGUCUCCCGAUUCUUUUGUUUUAUACUGUAAUUUAACAUUAAAUGUUGUUUCUAUGAUGAUGG